UAACUUAUAUAUAUAAAAAAAGCAUCAUAUGCAGAAAUAAUGUGUUCGAAUCCAAGGAUUGUACGUAGAACAAUGUGGAAUUAUUCAAAAAUUGGAGAUAAAAUUUCAGCCAGACUGGUUUUAUAUUUUCUUUCCUGGUCUGGGUUUUUAGUAUCAUUCAUGAUGCGUAAUGAUAUGAAUUUUGCUUUGGUUGCUAUGAUAUCAAAUGGCAAUGAAACACAGAAAGAAAAUGAAAAUGUUUAUGUUUUAAAUAUGGGUAGUGGCACAGAAGAUCAUACAUCGAUAGUGAAAUCUGUGAUUAUAAGCUCAUUUUAUUGGUGCUAUGUGCUGUCUCAAGUAGUUGGUGGAGUCGCAACACAAGCUUUUGGAACUAAGUGUGUAUUUGGAUGGUCGCAGUUGGCAACUGCUUUUUGCAGUUUACUUAUGCCAUUGGGUGCAGAAUUUCAUUACGCUAUUGUUAUAUUCUUACGCUCUGUUCAGGGAUUUGCAUCUGGCUUAACUUGGCCUGCAAUGUACGCAAUGGUGGGCUAUUGGAUACCAAUGACGGAGCGUUCUCGGUUUAUGUCAAGUUUUCAAGGAUUUAGUAUUGGCAUAGGUCUGACAUACCCACUAUGUGGAUUUAUUAUAACAACUUUCGGAUGGCACCUGGUUUUUUAUACAACUGGUGUAUUGGGAAUUGGAUGGUGUGCUCUAUGGUAUAUUUUAGCAUUUGAUACACCACAACAACAUCCCCGUAUAACUAAUGAGGAAUUAAAUUACAUAGAACUGCAUAUCGGGGAAGAUAUACGAAAAUCAUUCACAGUAAAAGUUCCUUGGGGCCAUAUCUUUAGAUCAUUACCAGUAUGGGCGAUUGCAGUUACAACAUUUGGUAGAAUUUUCGUACAUUAUGUUUUUAUAGUUAAUGGGCCGGCUUUUAUGAAUCAUAUUCUUAAGUUCGAAUUUGGAACAAAUGGAAUUUUGUCGGGAUUGCCUUUUCUUUGCUCAUACAUCUCUUCAGUAUUUUUCUGUUAUAUUGCAGACAAACUAUUAUUGAAUAAUAUUUUGAGUCUUUCUAAAGUAAGGAAAUUGUUCACGGCCUUAUCGCAAGUGGUUCCUGGAUUACUUAUAUUAUGUUUAGGGUACAUAGAUAAUAUUACUUUUCUCUUAACAAUUUGGUUUAUUGCUGUUAUUUUUAUUACGGCAUCGUACGCUGGAGCAAUGGCCAAUAUUAUAGAUAUUGCGCCAAACUAUGGACACUCAGGAGCAGUAUUAGCAUUCUGUCAAACGAUCCAUAUGUCAGCAUCAUUUCUGUCACCAUUGACUGUUGGAUUCUUAGUAACUCAAGAGGAUUCAAUAGAUCAAUGGAGAAGAGUUUUUGAAGUGUCAGGAAUUAUUUCGAUAGUGACAUAUUUGUUUUAUCAGUGCUUUGGUACUGCAGAAAUACAAUGUUGGAAUACCCAACAAUCAAUUACCGACAAUCACCGACAUGAAGUGAUAAAAAUAUUGCCCAAAGAAAAUGGAGAGAAAACUACAUUCCUAAAAUUAAAAAAAUAAGUGUAUAUUAACAAUACAAUUAAAUGUUUAUCACA